GUCACUAUAGCUUAUCAACGUUUACACCAAAACCGACUCGCGAGUUGCUAUGUAGUUGACAAACCGAUAAACAAUUUAGAUUAUUCAAAACUAUUGUAACUAAGUUCUCAUAUCUUAUUUCUGGCAGUAAAAAUUAAUCUCGAAUCUUGAACCAGUUCAAUCGUGUAGCUGCAAGAAGCGGUUGACUGAUCAGUUUUACAUUUGUACAUAUGAAAAAAAGAUAGAACAGGACUAAAACGAGAGCCAAUUCUUUCAUCUUGUUACUGCUGGUUCAGCCAUUUAAGUAUCUAACCAAGGGGAAGGUACUUUUUGCAGUUCUAUAUAAUUUACGAAAGUUGUCAUCGAGAUACAGCGCGUUUACUGCGCACAAUUUUUGUCUAUUGUCCUCCAGUGACAUCCUUUUUUCGGGCAUAAAACCUUAAUAAAUUUUAAAGCUUUAAAAAAGCGAUGGGCCCUGCUUUGAGUAGUUCAGUGGCACCAAGUAACAUGCCUCAAAGAACCACAAGAAACAGUAGAAAAACUGUCACCAGGACUCUGGAGCCUACUCGAAUUCCAGAGCCACUCAACCUCAGUAUUCCAGAGCAAUUUGCUAGGAUUGUUAGUGCUCCACAAUCCGAUGUUCAAAGGAACUUAGAACCUUGUGAUUUUAUCGAUUUGACUGAAGACUCGCCUAAUAAUCUAGCUUUGAGACGAAAAAGAUCCAAUCCAUCAAACAAUGAAGUAAUCGUUGAGUAUAGUAAUUCAGAUGAAGUUGCAGUUUUAGAAGAUUUGAACAAUUCUUCGAGACUUCAAAAACCAAAAAGACCUGCCAUAGUUAUUGAUCUUGAUGAAACAGUUACAUUAGAUGAUUCUGCCAAAACAGUAGGAAAUCAGUCGCAAAAGGAAAAGAGUUUGUCUUGUCCUAUCUGUCUAGAAAAUUUUAUUACUAAUCAAGAUUUAAAACCAAUGACUACACCAUGUGGUCAUUUGUUUUGCUUCGAGUGCCUUAAGAAAAUAACUAAGUCAACUAAAAAGUGUUCAAUGUGUCAAAGACCGUUAUCCUUUGGUGCAUGUAUACGUCUGCAUAUUUAACUCAAUUUUUAUCAGUUUAUAUUCACGUUUCACAAUCAGUUUUUUAAUAUAAUGUGUUGGAAAUCAAUAAUUCAGUAUGUUAUUUGAUGCUUGAAUAAUUAAUUAGAUGUUCAAAAAAAUUUUGCUAGAAAAUUUGUUAGAAAAUCAUUGAAGCUGCAAUUAUUAUUUUUUUCCAUUCUCAAUAUUUAUGAAAAUCCAAAUUUUAUUCGAUACAGUAUGUCUAAAUGUAACAAGAGUAAAUACAUGCUAUUCUUUGCUGUACACAAAAAAUCAAUCAAUGUGACCACAAUAUCUUGUAAGAAUUUGGAUCACAUUUGUUUUCAAUGAAAUUAGCACAUACUGAGUUUUUGAUUAUGAAUUUGAUGAAGAUGUUAUAAAGCUGAAGUUACUGAAUAUAAAUACAAAAUUUAAUAUCUGUAAGUUUGCACCAGACUGAUUUUUUGUAUGGAUAAAAUACUUUAUGAAAUAUCGACUUCUGGAUAUAAUUAAUAUAAAAAACUACAAAUCAUCCUAUAGAAAAUCGUUCUUAUAGUUUAACCUUUGCAUUUUCAAGUUUUGCAUAAAUAUAUCCCAAAUAUUAAGAUCGUCUCUCAUGUGCUGUAAUUUUCUUUACUUUUUCUAUGAAAAUGUGUAAAUAAAGUUGGUGACUGAUGUAAACCUUUAAAAACCAUUUUACAAUGAGAUUAAAUUUGUAAUCUUUGGCACACUUGUUGAAAAAAAAUAUAACUUUUUGUUUUGAUUCUAUAUACAAUUGUGU